AUGGCAAACACGGGCAUGCACUACGCCCACUGCGGCGCCAACGACGGCUGCAAGCUCGCCUUCCAGACCUCCCUCCCGCUCACCAACGGCGGCGCCGCCUCCGCGACGCAGUGCGUCCUCCUCAUGCACGGCUUCAGCGGCUCCGGCGACUACUUCUACCGCAACUCCCCGGCCCUCGCCGACCGCGGCUUCUGGGUCGUCGCGCCGGACAUGCGCGGCCACGGCAAAUCCGACCGCACCCGCGGCGGCUACCACGUCGCCCGCCUCGCCGCGGACCUGCACUCCCUCGUGGCCCACCUCCGCCGCGCGGCCCCGAACGUGCGGAUCGUGCCGGUUGGGUGCUCGAUCGGCGCCGCGGUGCUCUGGACCUACGUCGAGCUGUUCGGGUGCGCCGACUUCGCGGGCUUCGUCUUCGUGGACCAGGCGCCGCUGCAGGACCGGUCCGGCUUCGACGGGUGGGACGAGAGCAAGGCGCACACGGGGUGCUACGACGAGAAGAGCAUGCUGGGGGCGCAGAAGUUCUGGAUCGAGGAAUCCAAGGCGGCUCAUGUGGAUCUCGUGGACGGGUGUCUUGGGUACCGCGCCAAGCCGGACGCCAAGGACGACGUUUCUGAGGAGAAGAGGAGGGAGGACGAGGAGUUCUUCACGAAGAUCAGCGCGCUGUGCGAUCAGACCUGGUUGGCGAGGUUGCUCGCUGACCACACGCGGUAUGACCACCGCGAGGCGAUUGAGAUGAUUAGCGUGCCGACGCUGGUGAUGGCUGGGCGGCGGUCUGGGUGCUUCCCGUUGGAGGGCAUGCUUGAGACGGUGAAGAGGGUGGAGAAGAACAGGCCCGGGCUGGCGAGGGAGUCGGUGUUUGAGUCGGGGCAUUGGUUGUUCUACGAGGAGCCGGAGAGGUUUAACAAGGAGAUUGGGGAGUUUGUGGAUCAAUGUACUCGAUGA